CGCCUUACGCCUUCCCCUCGACCUCACCUCCGCCUCCUCGCGCCGAGCCCGCCCGUCAUGUCGGCCCUCCUCCGCACCUACUCGCGCAACUUCGAGCGCCGUCCCUACAUCACCCUUUGCGUCGCCAACGGCCUCCUCAUGUCGAUCGGCGACGUGAGCGCCCAGAUCAUCGGCCUCUCGACUGGCGCCUCGUUGGUGUUUGACAUCGAGCGCACGAUGCGGUACGCCGUGUUCGGCGCGUCGAUGGGCCCGCUCGGCGGCGCGUGGAACAAGUUCCUCGAGGUCAACUUCCCGCUGCGCCGGGCCAUCCCGGGCCAGCCGGCCACGAUGGCCAAGGUCAAGGUCGAGAACCCGAUACCGGGCCUCGAGAAGGAGCUGCCCAAGGGCGCGCGGUUCGAGCGAGGCGGCCCGGGGUUCGCGGGCGCAGGUGCGGCAGGAGCCAACGCGGCGGGCGAGACGCCGGUCAGCGUCGUGCAGCUCGCCAAGCGUGUCGCGGCGGAUCAGCUCGGCCUUGCGCCGGUCUCGCUCUUCAUCUUCCUCUUCUCGAUGAGCCUCCUCGAGGGCCUCGACAGCGAGGAGACGCGCGAGAAGAUCCGCACCAACUACUGGCCGAUUCUCCUCGUCAAUUGGCAGGUGUGGCCGUUGCUCCAGACCCUCAACUUUCGCUACAUCCCCUUGAGGUACCGCGUCCCCGUCGGCAGCAUCGCCGGCAUCGCGUGGACGUGCUUCCUGAGCUGGAAAACGGCCAAGACGGCGUGAGGUGGAUCGAGUUUCACCAGGGCGAGGCGACGACGGUGCAACGGCGGGCCUGCACAGCGCUUCGGCGUUCCGCUCCUCCCUCCCCCCUCCUUCGUCCUCGCCUUCGUCCGUCCUUGCCCUCCCUCUUUGCCAUAUAGACCUCGCCUCGCCGCGUGCACUACAUCCUCAUCUGUGAAUUCCUUCG